AAGUAGGCGCGCUUGAAUCCGCAAUGCUUUUGGUCAGUCGUUUCACAGAAAUGAAACAAAAUGGCGGCGGGUUCUUUGUCGUUGUUUUGCGCAAGAAGUCUUUUUAUACUUCCUUCUCAGAAAUUGCGAUGCUUCUGCACUCAAGGUGAUUCACACACCAUUCAUGUCCCUGUGAUGCUGAAGGAAUGUCUCAGCUUUCUAGCUCCUCGUGAUGGACAGAUAUUUAUAGAUGCAACAUUUGGUUCUGGCGGACAUAGUGCAGCAAUCCUUUCAAGUGCAAGCUGCAAAGUCUAUGCUCUUGACAGAGAUCCAAGUGCAAUAGAGAUAGCAAACAUUCUUUCAGAGAGACCAGAAUUUAAGGGAAAGUUAUUUCCCAUUUUGGGAAAAUUUAGUAAUAUCUACAAACUUCUUCAAGGCCAUGGAAUUAAAAAUGAAUCUGUUGAUGGAAUGCUUCUUGACAUUGGUGCUUCCAGUGUUCAAUUUGAUGAUCCAGACAGAGGGUUUUCUUUUUACAAAGAUGGUCCACUUGAUAUGAGAAUGGAUGUAAGAAAUAUCAGCUGUGAAAGAGGUGAUAAGCAGCUUCUGUUGACAGCCGCUGAUGUGGUCAAUUCUAUCAACGAGACAGAACUUACAGCUGUAUUAAGGCAAUAUGGACAAGAAAAGGAAGCUGUUCGUAUAUCCAGGGCUAUUGUGCGAGCCCGAGGAAAGAUGCCAAUACUUUUCACGAGACAGUUAGCCGCCAUUGUAACGGCAGCGGUACGCUACAACAGAACCGACCAGUUUUCUCGUAACCUCCACCCUGCGGCAAGAACGUUUCAAGCACUGCGCAUACUUGUAAACGACGAGCUCAAUGAACUUCAAUGUGCCCUGAAAACGGCGCACAAACUGCUACGUCCUGGAGGGCGUCUUGUAGUCAUUUCAUUUCAUGCUCUAGAAGACUCUAUCGUUAGACAUUUCUUCAAAGAAGCCAACUCCGAGGUGAGCUACCUGCGAUCAAGAACAAAAGUUGCAGGCAAGGCGAAAGCGAGCACGUGGCUUCCUCUUCAUAAGAACGUUAUUCAUCCGUCAGAUGAGGAAGUUUACCUUAAUCCACGUUCGAGAUCUGCUAAACUACGUGCUGCAGCUAAAGCGGACAACUUGGUUCUAGAUUUAACUGAGCUUACAACCUUAUUAGACAAGAACUCUGGGCAAACGUUUUAUAACGGUACAACACCUAUUUAAAAAUCAUCUUACUAUUCAAAACUGGUGUACUUGGCGCUAGUACAACUCUUUUUGUUUUAGUUAUGAAAUCUUGAUCUGUGAAAUCUGUUUAUGGACGAGUCGAAUGUAUGUAGCUCAACACAUAUUUAUGAAGAGUAUAAAAAACGCAAAAUAAACAAAACACUCUUCGUCAAUUUUAAUUAAUAGUUUUGCCAUUUUAACAAAGUGUGCAAAACUAUAAGAGGGAGAACAAACGAACGGAAUCGAGAAUUAAUUCAGAACAAAUUAAUAUUAUAUUUUACUACCAAAACAAUGUAUGCUUUUUGAAAUGUAUUCAAUCUAUGGAAUCCUAUGUCGGUUUCAAAUCUUUUCAAUAAACUGUACAGUUCUGUUAGUA